AUGCCAGGGGAAGGGGAAGCUAAUCAAGGCGACGCAGACGUACUCGACGAGUUUGCGCACACGAAAAUAGAUUCGAAAGCGGAGGUCCCACAGGCUUCUGGGCCUGGGAGACCUGCCGAAACCACAGCCACGACUGCUCCGACGGAAGAUUCACCAUUCCAUUUCGCGGACGAUGACUUUCAGAAAGAGCUGCAGAAGGGUAUGGCAGAUCUGCUAGGGGAGUUCAAGGACUCUCCAGAUAUGAAAAAACAAUUCGAGACCCUCAUGAAGGAGCUUGGGGAUGCAGCUGCCACAUCAGCUGAUGGAGGAAGUGAAGAUACAGCUGUUCCUGGAUCGUCAAAUGCAGGAGACCCAUCCGCGUCAUCCAAGGCUACUGAAGCUUCGUUCCAAGAGACGAUACGUAAGACUAUGGAGCGGAUGCAGCAAUCUGGGGACCAAGCUAGUGCGGAAGCAUCUAGCAGUGCUGAUCUUGGGGAUGACAUGAUGGCGCAGCUACUCGCAGAGAUGGCGAAGGAGGGAGGGGGUGGUGAGGAGGGCUUCGCUAAACUGCUGACGGAUAUGAUGGAAGAGCUCACAAACAAGGACGUCCUGUACGAGCCUAUGAAAGAGUUAAGUGACAAGUUCCCGGAUUGGAUGAUACAAAACAAGGACAAGGUCUCGAAGGAGGAUUUAAAACGAUAUGAGCAGCAGCAAGUGCUCGUCGGGGAGAUCACAGCUAAGUUCGAGGAGAAGAACUACAGUGACAAGGAGCCGAAGGCCAGGGAAUAUAUUGUUGAGAGAAUGCAGAAAAUGCAGUCUGUAGGCGCACCGCCACCAGACUUGGUCGGGGACACAAAUGCCGCCGCCGAAGCUCUUGCUGGUAUGGACGAGGGCUGUCCGCAGCAGUAA